AAAUUGCUGAUACUGAUUCAACUUCAAAAGAUGUUCCAAAUAUUUCUUCCCCACCUUUAUCCAUACAAAUAGUAGGUGAUGUAUCAAUUAUGUCAGUCAGUCAGAUGACCAGGGAAUAUGAUAGGAUGAAUGUACCAGCGGGUGCUACUAUUCAUACUACCCAACAUAAUGUUGCAUCUACGCUCCAGGAAGUCUCAAGAAUUGAAGAUAAUCAGCCUAUUGUUUUGGAAACUUCUGUUCUGCCCGACCACAGCUCCUCCAGUUUGGAUGUUUUCCAGAUAGACCCUUCUAAGUUACCUGAUGAUAUGCCAAAACCAAGCACUGUACCCUCAGAUAUCACAUUGCAAAUUGGUCAAACCUCACCAAAGGAAUCCUCAGCACUGCAAGAUUCUGAUAAAAAAAUACUAGACAAAUGUGUGGAAAUGAUUCUAUGUAUGACACCGAAUCCAGCACCUGCAAAUGAUAACAACGAAUCACUAAGUCUUGCUAUCAAUGAAGUGCUCAGUGAAAACUUAGAACAAACUCUUGCAUUAGCAGAAAUACAGACUCAGUGCACUGCAGGAGACAUAGAAUCAUCAUCUUGUCAGUCUACACAAGAAGAUGUUGCAAAAAAACAAGAUGAAUUCCAAGAACAUCCUUCCGACAAUUCAGUUGCAGAAGUAAGUUCUGAGCGCACCGAAGAUGAUGAUAUAUCUAAAGUGGGCAAGCAAGAUUCAGACUCUCAUACUUCUUAUUUAACUCCUAGACACAGCUUCAGGGAUAUAGAGAUAGUUCACAUACCCGAUGAACCUUCAUCUCCUAAAACAAUUGAUUGUGACCACAUCUCUAAGCUUGCUGAGCCAUUACCAGAUGGAGAAUGUUUUGAUUAUGCUGGUAGCAUAAAUCCUUCUAUGAAGAUGAGAAAACAACGUUAUCAGAAGAAAGAGGAGAUCGUCGAAGGUAUAUCUGAGCUCAUAAAGAAGAAGCAAUAUCCGGUGAAGAAGUUGAAUGACCUGUACAAUACUCUUGUCGCUGGUAGCAAGUUCCGAGGUUUAUGUAAGACACGACGACGCAACGAUAAUGACACAGGUGGUACCAAGAUAAGGAUAGGUCCAGCUUCUAUAACAGAAAGAGAGUUAGUACAAUGCCUAAUGCCAAAAGGAAAGAUGUGCAAAAAUAUGAUGUGGUUACUGUCCGUGGCACUUAUGUAUGAUUGGGGAUCAAAGACCAAGAUUAUAUUGGACCAGACUAUUAUAACCGAAUUGCUAAAAAAAGGAAAUAAAUGCAACCCUGCAUAUCUCUGCAAGAAGCUUAGUAAGUUGCCACUUCAAAAUGUUGAGCAGCUAUUUCUGCCUACACUAUCGGACAACCAUUGGAUUCUGGCUGUCAUUAACCUCACACAAAACACAAUUGAAAUUUAUGACUCUAACUUAGAAGUCAAAGAAGGUGAACACCCGCACAGGGCUAUGUUGGAGAACAUGGUAGGUCAUUCUGUUACUAGUUCUAUUUCAGAUUUCCUAACUCUGAUAAAUGUUCAAUACAGUACCUGA